ACAAAUAUAGACAACAUCACAGCAUCAUCAUUAGCAGAACUAAAACCAUUUCUCCAAAGAUGAAGAUCAUCAACCCAUAUCUCAAUUCAGCCCUGUGGAGCUUCCUCUCUCUCUUGUUCUUCUUCCCUUCGAUCUCUCUUCGGGCUUCACCUUCUUCUUUACCACUCCCGAACCCUAGACUCCUGCAUGCUUACAUAGCCCUCCAAGCAUGGAAACAUGCCAUCACUUCAGACCCUAAUGGCUUCACAUCCAACUGGUGUGGCCCAAAUGUCUGCAACUACACCGGAGUUUACUGUGCACCUGCCCCAGAUGAUACCCACGUCACCACUGUCGCCGGGAUAGACCUCAACCACGCCGGUAUCGCCGGUUAUUUGCCGGAGGAACUGGGUUUGCUCACCGAUCUCGCUCUCUUACACAUCAAUUCCAACCGCUUCUGCGGCAGCUUGCCGGAGAGUUUCCGCUUCCUCCACCUUCUUUACGAGCUGGACGUCAGUAACAACCUCUUCGCCGGGAAAUUCCCUAACGUUGUUCUUUCUCUUCCUUCACUCAAAUAUCUUGAUAUCCGAUUUAAUGGGUUCGAAGGGGACGUUCCUUCCAGAGUUUUUGACUUGAAACUCGACGCUUUGUUCAUAAACAACAACAGAUUCCAGUCAUCUUUGCCGGCAAACUUCGGCAACUCUCCGGUGUCAGUUGUAGUAUUGGCGAAUAACAACUGGAAUGUUUGUUUUCCGCCGAGUAUAAAGAAAAUGGGAGGAACAUUAAACGAGAUUGUUCUUAGGAAUGUUGGUUUGAAGGGUUGUUUGCCGCCGGAGAUAGGGCUGCUGAAGGCGGUCAGGGUGCUUGAUGUAAGCUCGAAUAUGGUGGCCGGGAAGUUGCCGGAGAGUAUAGGAGGGAUGCAGAGUUUGGAGGAGCUAAAUGUGGCGCAUAACGUUCUUUCCGGGGAGAUCCCUGCGAGUAUAUAUUCGCUACCUAAGUUGGGAAACUUUACCUACUCGAACAACUACUUUUAUGGUGAGCCGGGGGCGUGCCAGAAGCUGCAGGAGAUAGAUGACGGGAGGAAUUGUAUACCGGCCAGGCCGGGACAGCGGCCGGCUGAGGAAUGCAAGGCCUUCUACUCUCAUCCGGUGGAUUGCGGUACAUGUGGUUAAUUGUUCACCUAGCUAGCAGCAGCCAAUCACCACCACUGCUGCCACCGCCAGCGCCUUACUGUCGUUACCCAUGAAUAUUAUCAGUUCACUCGACAAUCACCAAAUUAAACAUUCACGUUUUUUUUAUUCGUAUUUUAUUUAUUUUGUUUCACAAACAAACAAGUAAUAAAAGUUCAUUAUAUAUAUUGUUCCUUUCUGCUUCUCCAUUUCUCGUUGCCUGCAGACCCAAGCUCUUCGAUUUUGUAUAUA